AUCUUUGCCGAAAGUAAUAGAGAGGGUGUGAUCAGUGACGUCAGCGCGCAAUUCGUAGUGGAACGUCUGAACGCCCGGUUACAGGCUCAAUCUGUAGUGGCAUAGGAAGAAGUAGGGAUCUGCACCGGUAUUGUACCCGGUUUUCGCGAGACAACGUGGAGUGUGUAUCGUAGGAUCUACAGAAUCUCGGUUCCAGGAGUACUUUUUUUCCUCCCUCACCCCCUUUCCUUCCUUUUUAUUUUCCAUUUUUUUCCUUUUUGUUGGCGAACACAACCUGUGCCUGUGAGAAGACCUGCAGAAGACCCAGCGGCCCUGGUAGAGUUGAGUCAAUGAGUGGUAGACGCUGCCGGAGCGCUACUGAGACACACACAGCACAGCCAUGAGCAAGCCCAGCGGCCUCAAGGCCCCCAGCCUCAAGGCCCCCAGCAAGAUUGGCAGGCCGCCUGCCGGCGGGACAGCUAAGACCUCCGCAACCACAGCUGCCAAACCUGCCGCGGCAUCGGAGGCGCAAGAUGCGGCCGGCGGUGGGGAAGAGUUCCAGGUUGGUGACAGCGUGUGGGUGAACGGCAACAAGCCGGGCGUGGUGAGGUUCCUGGGCGAGACGCAGUUUGCACCUGGCCAGUGGGCGGGCAUCGUGCUGGACGAGCCCAUAGGCAAGAACGACGGCUCGGUGUCAGGUGUGCGCUACUUCCAAGGCCAUGUCUAG